AUGGAGCGACUCCAGUUCCUCGUCUGCCUGCCCGUCGCUCUCCUGACCGCAUGUUCCGGCCAAACCCUGAACGUGUUCCGGUCCGAGAGACCCGAGUGGAGCCUGAGUCACCUCGCCGUGCACCAGUCCAGCGGCGCCACGUACGUGGGCGGAGUCAACCGGGUGUACAAGCUCUCGCCCGACCUGGCGCCGCUCGUCUCCCACAGCACGGGACCCGAGCCGGACAACCAGGCCUGCUACCCGCCGGUGAUCAUGCAGCCGUGCUCGGAGCCGCUCGCCAGGACCGACAACGUCAACAAGCUGCUCCUGGUGGACGAGGCGCACGGGCGCCUGCUGGCAUGCGGGAGCCUGUACCAGGGCGUGUGUAAGAUCCUGCGCCUGGACGACCUGUUCAUUUUAGCCGAACCCUCGCAUAAGAAGGAGCACUACUUCUCCAGUGUGAACCGGACCGGCGGCAUGAGCGGCGUCAUCGUGAGUCGUGGUCGGGGACGGGUCCGGGACAGAGGUGCCACCUUGUACAUCGGCACCUCCGUCGGGGGCAAGCAGGACUACUUUCCCACCGUCUCCAGCCGAAAGCUUCCCAGAGACCCCGAAUCGGCCGAGAUGCUGGACUACGAGCUGCACACCGACUUCGUCUCCUCUCUGGUGAAGAUUCCGUCGGACACGCUGGCCCUGGCGACGCACUUCGACAUCAACUACAUUUACAGCUUCUCCAGCGGCGACUUCGUCUACUUCCUGACCGUCCAGCCGGAGACGGAGAUGCCCGGCGAGCUCUUCUACACGUCCCGCCUCAUCCGGCUCUGCAAGGGUGACGACAAGUUCCACUCGUACGUCUCGCUGCCCGUGGGCUGCGUCAGAAACGGAGUGGAGUACCGCCUCCUCCAGGCAGCGUUCCUCGCCAAGGCGGGCAGCGUGGUGGCCGCCGGGCUGAACGUCACCGAGCGCGACGACGUCCUGUUCGCCGUUUUCUCGAAGGGACAGAAGCAAUACCAGACGCCGCUGGACGACUCGGCGCUCUGCGUCUUCGCCGUCCGCCACCUCAACGCUCGAAUUAAAGAGCGGCUGCGGUCCUGCUACCAGGGGGAGGGAAACCUGGAGCUGCACUGGCUGCUGGGAAAAGACGUCCAGUGCACCAAAGCGCCGGUUCCUAUAGACGACGGGUUCUGUGGACUGGACAUUAAUCAGCCCCUCGGUGGUUCUGAGCUGGUUGCAGGUCUCACCGUGUACACAGAGACGGCAGAGCGGCUCACCGCCGUGUCGGCGUACAUCUACAACGGCUACAGCGUGGCCUUCCUGGGAACACGAGCGGGAAACAUUCGCAAGGUCCGUGUGGACGGAGGUUCUGCGGUUCUGUACGAGACACUGAAGGUGAUGAAGGAUGGAAGUUCGGUUCUUCCUGACAUGGUUUUCUCUCCUGAUCAUCAUUUCAUCUACACCAUCAGCAGCACCCAGGUGGUGCAGGUCCCGGUGGAACACUGUAAUCAGUACAGUAGCUGUGAGGAGUGUUUGAGUUCAGGAGAUCCUCACUGCGGCUGGUGUGUUCUCCAGAGCAUGUGUGUGAGGCGGGACAGGUGUGAGCGCUCAGAUGAAGCGUUCCGGUUUGCAGAUGAAAUGAAGCGGUGCGUGUCGGUCUCGGUUCAUCCAGACAGCAUCGCUCUGUCAGAGCACGCCGUACCUCUGCUGUUGGAGGUCAGUAAUGUUCCAGACCUCUCGGGAGGAGUCAGCUGCUCCUUCGGGGGUCUGGCAGAGGUCGAAGGUCACGUUCACGGGAACAGCAUCAUGUGUCUUUCUCCAACCGCCAAGGGGGCGUCACUCAUCCCUGCUGAUCGAGACUGGGCCGGUGUGGAGCUGAGGGUCGUUGCCCUGGAGACCAGUCAGGCGGUGGUCAGCACGGAGGUCAAAUUCUACAACUGCAGCGCGCACACCAUGUGUGUAUCAUGUGUGAGCAGUACAUUCCGCUGUCACUGGUGUAAGUACAGGAACACGUGUACACACGACCCCGGCAGCUGCUCCUUCACAGAGGGGCACGUCAACUCAUCGGAGUUGUGUCCUCAGCUGGUGGGUUCGGGCGAGGUGCUGGUAGCGGCGGGUGAGGUGACGCCCGUCACGCUGAGCGCCCGGAACCUCCCGCAACCUCAGUCGGGUCAGAGAGGCUACGAGUGUGUGUUCAACCUCCAGGGGGCGACACACAGGGUGACGGCGCUGCGCUUCAACAGCACCAGUGUACAGUGUCAGAACCGCUCGUACCUGUAUGAGGGGAUGAAGGUCGGUGAGUUGGCGGUUGAUCUGUCCAUCGUUUGGAACAACAACUUCAUCAUCGACAAUCCAGAGAGAAUUCAAGUGCACCUGUAUAAGUGCGCCGCUCAGAGGGAGAGCUGUGGGGCGUGUCUGAAGGCCGAUCGGAGGUUCGGGUGUGGCUGGUGUGUGGGCGAGAGUCGCUGUACGCUGCGUAAACACUGUACCUCACCCGGGGCGUCGCCCGGCACUUCCUGGCUCCGCCCCGACCAUCACAGCAAGUGCACCAACCCGCGCAUCACCGAGGUGUCGCCGCUGUCCGGCCCAGCCGAGGGCGGGACGAGGGUGACCGUCCGGGGCGUGAACCUGGGCAUGACUCUGGUCGAGCUGCAGGGACGGGUGGAGGUGGCCGGGGUCCCCUGUCACGCCCUGCCUGAGGGUUACGUCGCUGCAGAACAGGUGGUGUGUGAGAUGGGUUCUGCACCGGUGGGAAGUUCUGCUGGUCCGGUACAGUUGUGUGUGGGAGAGUGCAGACCAGAACUGCGCACACACUCCUCCCACAUCUACAUGUUUGUGAGCCCGAGUGUGUCGGCGCUGACCCCGGGGCGAGGACCUGUCUCUGGAGGAACUAGGGUCACUGUGGUGGGUCAGGACCUGAACGCAGGCAGCAGUGUCCACGUUCGCUUUGGUAAUGAGACCUGCGAGUUCUUCAGCCGAAGCUCUACGGAGAUCGUGUGCUUUUCGGCGCCCUCUCUCUCCGGGGCGGGUGCGGUGCAGGUUCGGGUCGGUGUGGAUCGAGCCGAGCUCGACACCAGACUGAGCUUCGAGUACGUGGAGGAUCCGACAGUGCAGAGUGUUGAGCCUGAGUGGAGCAUCGCCAGCGGCUUCACCACCCUGACGGUGACCGGAACCAAUCUGGACACGGUGCAGGAACCUCGGGUUCGAGUGAAAUACGGCAGCCACGAGUCUGUCAAUGUGUGUAAGGUUGUUAACAGCACCUCUAUCAGCUGCUUAGCUCCGCCCCUCACGUCUGAUUCCACCUCCGGCCACGACUCAGCGAAAUGUGCAGACGAGUUCGGCUUCGUCUUCAACAACGUCCAGACUCUGCUCACCUACAGCGGCUCUGGUUUUGUUUAUUACCCCGACCCUUCCAUCGAACCCCUGAGUGUGUCCGGAGUGCUGGAACAGAAACCCGGCUCGCCCAUAAUCCUUAAGGGCAGGAACUUAGUUCCUCCGGCGUUGGGGGGAACCAGACUGAACUACACGGUCCUGCUCGGGGACACUUCCUGUCUCAUCACCCUGUCUGAGUCUCAGCUACUUUGUGAGCCGCCCACUCUUACCGGCCAGCACAGAGUCACGGUCCAGGUUGGUGGUGUUCAUGUGUCUCCAGGUUCGGUUCGCAUCCUCUCCGACAGCCUGCUGACGUUACCCGCCGUGUUCAGCAUGGCGGCGGGAGGAGGCCUGCUGUUCGUCGUCGUCGUUCUGGUGCUGAUCGCGUACCGACGCAAGUCCCACGAGAACGACCUCACGCUCAAACGGCUUCAUAUGCAGAUGGACAACCUGGAGUCCAGAGUGGCUCUGGAGUGCAAAGAGGCGUUCGCGGAGCUGCAGACGGACAUAAACGAGCUGACCAGUGAUCUGGACCGAGCUGGAAUCCCACACCUAGAUUAUCGUACCUACGUGAUGAGGAUCCUGUUCCCCGGCAUGGACGAUCAUCCGGUUCUGAGAGAGCUGGAGGUGGGCUGUGGGCAGCAGCGGGUGGAGAAAGCUCUGAAGCAGUUGGGUCAGCUGGUGAACAACAAGACGUUUGUGCUGGUGUUCUUCCGGACCCUGGAGCUGCAGCGCUCCUUCUCCAUGCGCGACCGUGGCUACGUGGCGUCGCUGAUCAUGAUGGCUCUGCACGACCGCCUGGAGUUCAUCACCGACGUGCUGAAGGAGCUUCUGUCCGAGCUCAUCGGCAAGAACAUGGAGAGCAAGAACCACCCCAAACUGCUGCUGCGCAGGACAGAGUCAGUAGCUGAGAAGAUGUUGACGAACUGGUUUGCUUUUCUGCUUCACGGCUUUUUGAAGGACUGCGUGGGCGAGCCCCUCUUCAUGCUGUACUGUGCUAUAAAGCAGCAGAUGGAGAAAGGUCCGAUUGAUGCCGUAACAGGAGAAGCUCGAUAUUCACUCAGUGAGGACAAACUCAUCCGCCAACAGAUAGAGUACACAACACUGACUCUGCGCUGUGUGGACCCUGACCAGGAGGAGCGGACGGAGCUUCUGGUGAAGGUGCUGAACUGUGACACAGUCACGCAGGUGAAGGAGAAAAUCCUGGACGCCGCCUACAAGAACGUGCCGUACUCUCAGAGACCGCGGCCGGGGGACGUGGACCUGGAAUGGCGGCAGGGUCGAGCGACGCGUGUGGUCCUGCAGGACGAGGACAUCACCACUCGAAUAGAAAACGACUGGAAAAGACUCAACACACUCAUGCACUAUCAGGUGUCUGAUAGGUCCGUGGUGGCUUUGGUCCCUAAGCAGACGUCGUCCUACAACAUCCCGACGUCGGCCAGCUUCCCGCGGAGCUUCAGUCGAUACGACGCCACCAUGCGCUCGUCCGCCGCCGGCAGUCCCGAGUCCUCGUCCUCGCGCGCCCCCAUGAUCACGCCCGAUCUGGAGAGCGGCGUCAGGGUCUGGCAUUUGGUCAAGAACCACGAACACGGAGACCAGAAGGAGGCCGAGCGUGGCAGCAAGAUGGUGUCCGAGAUCUACCUGACCCGCCUGCUGGCCACCAAGGGCACGCUGCAGAAGUUUGUGGACGAUCUGUUUGAGACGCUGUUCAGUACCGUGAACCGCGGCAGCUGCCUCCCGCUCGCCAUCAAGUACAUGUUUGACUUCUUAGACGAGCAGGCGGACAAACACGGCGUCUACGACCCCGACGUACGGCACACGUGGAAGAGCAACUGUCUUCCUCUGCGAUUCUGGGUGAACGUGAUCAAGAACCCGCAGUUCGUCUUCGACAUCCAUAAGAGCAGCAUCACAGACUCGUGUUUAUCCGUCGUGGCUCAGACGUUCAUGGACUCGUGUUCCACCUCGGAGCAUCGGCUCGGGAAGGACUCUCCGUCCAACAAGCUGCUCUACGCCAAAGACAUUCCGCACUACAAGAGCUGGGUGGAGCGGUACUAUGCAGAUAUAAGUCGCCUGCCGUCCAUCAGCGAUCAGGACAUGAACGCGUAUUUAGCUGAGCAGGCGCGCGUCCACUCGAACGACUUCAACACGCUCGGCGCUCUGCACGAGCUCUACGGCUACGUCCGAAAGUACAGCCAGGAGGUAGCGCAGGCUCUGAGACGGGACGAGCAUGCGCAGAAACAGAGACUCGCUUACAAACUCGAGCAGCUCCUCACUGCCAUGUCUCCCGAAAGCUGAUCCUGCUGAUCCCGCUGAGAAGGAACUGGAUGAAUUUUGGGACGGGACCAUGUAACGUGUUCACAUAAACAACUGCACAAUAAAAAAACUUACAGCGCGACACUUGGGGCCACAUUUUACACACGUACAGCAUAAUGUAACGUUUCAGGUGUCUUUAUCACUGUAUAUACACAAAUACACAACUACAUACCUGCCUGACAUGAGUCUGCUGGCCACAGAGACUCUGAAGACGUUCCAAUUCCUGCCAAAGAGAGAGAAAAGCGAUCAGACAGUGCCACCUGCUGCAAGAUACAAGAAGUGCAGAAUAAAAAUACAGACUAGCCAUUUAGGAGGAAAAUAAAAAAUAAAGGUAAGAGAAUUCAUAAAUGCUUUUAUAUGCAUAUUUUUUAAUUAUUAAAAUGUGAUUUGUGUUUACUGUAUGCAUGAUUAAAUAUACAUGCUCAUU